AUGCCAAUUGGAGCAUGCGGAGUUCGACGGGUGGCAGCUGCUUGUUCAGCGUGGUUGAAGGAUGGGCUCCCCUUCACAUGCGUCCAGUGCGGAAAGUGCUGCAAAGGUCCGGAUCGCCUGGUAUGGGUCAAUGCGCGUGAGAUUCAAGCCAUGGCUGGCUUCCUAGGAAUCGCUGAGGCAGAUUUCAUAGAGAGGCAUGUGGCUCCUGCUGGCCAGCUCAGUGAAUAUGCUGGAAGGUGGCUGCUGCAAAAGAAGGUGGGAACUUCUGCUUGUACUUUCCUUGGGGAUGACAACAAAUGCAUGGUGCACGAAGCAAAGCCCACGCAGUGUGCAACAUACCCUUUCUGGCCCCAGCACCUCAUUUCAGAGUAUGAUUGGAAUGCAGAGUCACGCAAGUGUGACGGGAUGGGACAGUUGCAAGUGGGAUCCGAGCAGCGACAUUCGUGUCAGCACAAUGCCCAACCUUUGCGUGGUGAACAGCACUUGCUUGCUGAGAAUAGGACGUCCUUCUCAGAAAUUGUCGAAAACAUGGUCAUCCAGGAGGUGGCUGAGAGUGGCGAUUUGCAGUUGACUCAUGGAGAGCUGAGGGAUCUGCUCCUCAGCACUUCGGACAGUCUGCUGAAUGAUUUUGGGAAGGAGUUCUGGGAGAGGAACUCCCGCAGGGUCGUUCACAAAGAUGCCGUGCAUGCAGUGCUAGACACACGCCUGGCUGGGGAACCGGAUCAGCUCACAAGGGCUCUCGUCAGACUUGAUUCUCCAGGGUACAUACAGACGGAGGUGGUGCUGAAUGAGAAGGAUGACGGGGCAGUGGCGGUCUCACACACGCAGUUGCCUCAAAGACCCCAUCAGGGAUUGCUCCUCUCCUUGCUGAUGUUGCAGCCUCGUGCCUUACGGUCUUCCACCAUGGACAACGAUGCAAACCCAUCAAGGGCUACAUGUUCCAGAGGCGAGCUGGAGGGGCGCCAAGACUGCACCGCGACUGAAGCGGCAUCAGCGCCAGUCUCUCAACUGUCCGAAGGACUCGUGGAGUCAAAGGAGAAGGGCAAACCCUCCUUGAAUAUUGCUGUUAUUGGCGCUGGGUGCGGCGCCCUUCCCUGCGCGCUCUGUGCAAAUGACUUUGGCCACGAUGUCCACGUAGAUGCUGUGGAUUCGGAUCCCGAUGUGUUGAGCGUCGGCAAGCAGUGGUUCGAUUUCAGACCGGGGCCGCAGCUGAACAUCUACGCCAUGGAUGGCCUGGACUUCCUGAAUUCCCAAUCUGAAGCCACAUAUGACGCCAUCCUCAUUGACAUAACUGCUCCCAGUUCCACUCCUGGCGCUCCACUCGACUGUCCGCCCUACGAGGUCAUGUUCCAGGAUGGGCUGUACUCGCUGGCACAGAGUCGGCUGCGAAGUGGUGGCGUGAUGGCUAUAAAUGUGCUGGGCGGAUUGACGAAGCUGCGCCAAGUGGCUGCAUCUGCUGCUGCUGCGGAUGGACGCCAUCACAUCAGGGCUUUGCACUUGCCCUCACAGAGCGUGCUUUUCGCUGUGAAGCUAGGAGAUGGGACCGGUCAACCUGAAUUUGGCGAUGGCAGUGCUGCCAGAGCUGGUUUCGCAGCAACUGGGAAAGCAGCAACCCAGAGAUUCUCAGACGCCAUGCCUGGGGCCCUGGGUAUCAGCAUUGCAUGCCAGGAUACUCUCAACGAAAUUGCGGAAUUCGCCCGCAAGGAAGGGCAUCAAUAUGGUUGGAAGUCUAGAAGUGCAUUGUUGGGUGAUGUUCAGGUGGCAGAACAAAAAUUUUGA